AUGGCAGAACCCUUUUCAAAGAAACGCAAAGUCAAAGAUGACGAUACCUCACCUCAUGCACCACGAAGCAUUACAGAUCCUCGAUUCUCCAAUAUUCAGUCCGACCCUCGUUAUCGUCUCCCAGGCAAACGCCGUACCCAUGUCAAGGUGGACAAGCGUUUCUCGCAUAUGUUGCGGGAUGACGACUUCGGACGCAAAGCCAAAGUAGACAGAUAUGGCCGCCCGUUGGAGGCUGACAUGGAGCGCAAGAGGUUGAAAAGACGCUACGAAUUUGAGGACCGGCUAGACGAUGACGAUGAUGUCCAAAAGGAGCUCCAGAGGGUAGAGAAAGCCUUCGACCCCAUUCGAGAUGGAGGCUACCCCCAGUCGUCAUCCUCCGAAGAAUCUUCUAGCGACGAAGAUGAGGUUGAUGAGAAUGAGCGAGGUCAGCUUGUGGCGCUUGGAAACCAGCAAGGCGGAGAAAUUCCAAUGGGGGAAGUUUCUUCUAGAGUAGCGGUUGUGAAUUUAGACUGGGACAAUAUACAUGCAGCUGAUCUCAUGGCUGUCUUUUCAAGCUUUCUUCCCUCUGGUGGUCGUCUGCUCAAUGUCUCAAUCUAUCCCAGCCAGUUCGGAAAGGAGCGCAUGGAGCGAGAAGAGACGGAGGGACCUCCAAAGGAGAUCUUUACUUCUGUGAAAGAAGACACAGCAGGCCCAGCGGCUGUCAUGGAUGACGACGAUGAGCAGCAGAUCAAAGAUUCCAUAGUGCAAGCAGAUACAGGCGAGGAUUUUGACUCUGCAGCCUUACGGCGGUACCAAUUGCAGCGGCUACAGUAUUUCUAUGCCAUUCUUGCAUUCUCUUCGCCAGACGUCGCAAAGGCUGUCUAUGAUGCCGUUGAUGGGACAGAAUAUCUGACUACAGCGAAUUUUUUUGAUUUGCGUUUCGUCCCUGACGACACUGACUUCUCAGAUGAUAAACCACGCGAGGAAUGCGAAAAGAUUCCUGACGGAUACAAGCCGAACGAGUUCGUCACAGAUGCUCUACAGCAUAGCAAUGUCAAGCUGACAUGGGAUGCCGAAGACGCUUCAAGAAAAGAGGCGCAGGCUAAAGCAUUCAGAGGUAGCAGAAAGGAUAUCGAUGAAAAUGAUCUCAAAGCAUAUCUGGGUAGUGAUUCUUCGAGCGACGAGGAAGCUCAUCUUGAUUUGGAGGCGGUUGUCGGUAGCAGCCUGUCGAAAAAGGAGCAAGAAAGACAGAAGAUGCGGGCUCUCCUUGGCCUCGAAGACGAGCCCAAAAGAAAGAGUAAAUCCAAUGAUGGUCCUAUUGGGGAAUUGCAGAUUACGUUCUCUUCCGGUCUUUCAGGAGCCAACGGCAUCAAGAAAUCUGUGUUCGAGAACGAGCCACAGGUCGAGGAAACGACUGUUGAGAAAUAUGCUCGAAAAGAGCGUGAGCGCAAACAGAAGAGAAAAGAGAAGAUGAGACACAAUCGGGAUGGGGUUGGGAGUAUAAUUGACGGCAAACUCCCCGAUGGGAAGACAUCAGAUGAGCCACCAGAGGACCUUGGAUUCGACGACCCGUUUUUUGCAGCUCCUGAACAUGAUAAAGUAUCAGCUGCCAGGAUGCGGAAAGAGGAGCGACUGAGGAAACGUGCUGAACGAGAAGCUGAGGAAGCUGCCACUGCAGCGAAGCGAGCUGAGCUAGAGCUCCUAAUGGUGGAUGACAAAGAUGAUGAUGGUAAAGGUAUACGGCAUUUUGACAUGAAAGCGAUCGAGAGAGAAGAAAAGAUUGCCAAAAAGAAGGGCAAGAAGGGCAAGGGUAAGAAGGAAUUCGACACCGAAAAGAAGUCGCAGAAAGCUGGCUUUGAGAUGGAUACGCAUGAUCCACGCUUUUCAAGGCUAUAUGAGAACCACGAAUUUGCCAUUGAUCCUACGAAUCCGAGAUUCAAGGGUACGGAGGGAAUGAAAGCACUUCUCGAGGAGGGUCGCAAAUACAGGAAAAAGGAUACUAAUUUGGAAGACGCAGGAUUCGGGACGAUGCUCAAGGGAUCGUCAUCAAUGGCGAACCACGAGACCGAUGAUGUGCGGAAGCUUGUGGAGAAGGUGAAGAGCAAAAAGAAAGACCGAAGAGCUUGA